AUGAAAAAUAUCUCUUCUUUUCGUAACAAUGGAUUUCAACUUUGCAAAAUUUUACCAUCAGCAAAAACUAUUGAACACCGAAAUCUCGGAUUUAGACAACAAGAAACAAUAGCAAAAGAGAGCACAAGUCCCGCUAAACCAAAAAAGGUACCAAACCAUCCGAAAUACGAAGAUAUGAUUCAUGAAGCUAUCGUCGCUUUGGAGAACCGUAAAGGAAGCAGCCGCCAAGCUAUUAAGAAGUACAUUGUCAAUACAUAUAAACUUUCCGACAACAUUAAUACAAACCACCGUUUCCGAAUGGCUGUCAAUAAAGACGUCAAGAAUGGACUUUUCUUUUUUACCAAAGCCCCAGGCCCAAGUGGUACUAUCAAACUUGUAAAGGAAGUACUGAUUAAGGAAGAAAAGGAAGAACCCGAGAAAAUGGGAAAAUCCAGCUCUUUUCAAUAUG